UGAACGCUCCUGCACGCCUUACAAAUCCUGAUUAUUCAUCUUUAAUAAUGGCCUGUAACCUGUGGCGAUGGUUCGUCGUGCUUGUUGCGCAAACCCAGUUUGCUUCACUCCGCGGUUCUAACGCAAACUCCCCGAGCGGGGCUUUAAAUGUCAAACAGCCACGCGCCGGGAGGCCCCGGCCCGUGGCGGUCACGUGUCACCCGGAUUCGCUGCAGGUUGUGGUGCAGGCUGACCUAUUUGACCCAUUCCUACUCGUGGAUCGCGCACAUCUGCGCCUCGGUUCAGGUUUGCUGACAGACGGGAGUCCGUGCGGUGCAGUCGCACUCGGAGAGGCGCAGUUCACCAUUCAGGCGCGUUUGACGGAGUGCGGCACUAAACUGUCAUCAACCAAGGAGAAGCUGGUUUAUUCUAAUGUUCUGAUCUAUGCACCCAAACCAUCAGCUGACGGCUUGGACAGACUGGAUGGAGUAACUAUUCCUGUGGAAUGCCAUUACGAUAAGAAAUGUGCUGUGGAUGGAGUGCCUCUGCACCCCACCUGGGUGCAUUCGGUCUCCACGGCUGCAGCCGAGAAUGAAAUGAAGUUUGAACUGCAGCUCAUGACCGAUGAUUGGCAGCUGCAGAGGGAUUCUCUUGCUUACUAUGUGGGUGACCCUGUUUAUUUUGAAGUGUCCGUCAUCGUCACUAAACACGUUCCAUUGAGAGUCUACGUUGACCACUGUGUUGCCACAGCAACUCCUGAUGUUGAGGCUGCCUUAAGAUAUGACUUUAUUGAGCAUGGAUGUCUGAUUGAUGCUUACCUGACAAACUCUAGUGCCCGUUUCCUACCGCGGGUUAAUGAAGACCGGCUCAGGUUCCAGAUAGAUGCCUUCAGGUUCUACCACGAGUUGAGCAAUCUGAUCUACAUCAGCUGCUACGUGAAGGCCGCUCCAGUCGGGGUGGCAGCCGACUCUCAAAACAGAGCAUGCUCUCUGAUUGAAAACAGGUGGCGUUCAGUAGAUGGGAAUGACGAUGCAUGUAGACGCUGUGACAUCACAUGUCAGGCCGAGAAUCUUUGGACCACAGAGCCACCUACAACAAAGGUGGACACCAAAACAUCAAUUGUCUUGAUGAAUCCGAGGCAGUCCCCGGUCCAUUUUAUGCGUUACCAUCCAACAAUUGGCCAGUCUGGGAAAACUGAGCAACAUUCUACUGGAUUGCUGAAGAGAGAAAGGACCAUCCAGCUGGGACCCCUUGCAGUUCUGUAAUCCAGCAGCAUUGCCAUCAAGUCAAAGAUCUUUUUCCGGAUGUUCUGAUCACCAGAGUUUUAAGACAGCACAGUGGAGACUGCUUUGAUUGUAAAGACCAUGCUGCUGCAUUUAAAGCCUGCAGAAGGCGUGAACCCUGUGGGUAGAGAUUAUUCUCAUCAUUCAACAUGUCUCUUGGGAUGAAUGUUGCUGCAGUAAAUCACACCGACAACUUUUCUCAAGGAGAGUUGAGACUUUUCACCCACUUACAUCUGUUUUGUCAUGACGGUUGCAUCAUGUUUUCCUCUAAUAAAUAAUACACAAAGCCAA